GCAAAAGUCAAUGCUUCUCUGUGCACUUGUAUUUGCAAGGAAAUCUCCAAGAAAAAGAUGAACCAACAAACCACACGCAGAAAUCAUCAAUGGCAACAACACCUACAAAUACGCUUAUAUAUGUUCAUCAACCACUUACACCUAAUAAUCAAUCAUCAUCAUCAUCAUCAUGUGUUUCAGACCACGCUGCAGCUUCUGCUACAUCUUUAUCACACUUUACACCCUUAUGUUCAUCUUCAUACUUUCCUUGAUCCUCUUCUGGAUAAUCAUAUCUCCAUCAAGUGUGAAGUUCCACGUAACUGGUGCCUCUCUAACACAGUUCAACCUCAUCACAAGCAACAACACCUUGUAUUACAACUUCAAGGUCAACGUCACAGUGAGAAAUCCCAACAACAACAUCGUAGUGUACUAUAGGAAGAUCACAGCAAUAGCUUGGUACAAAGAUAAUGCUUUUGGUUGGGUGAGCCUAACACCCUUUGACCAAGGCCACAGGAACACCACCUUUCUUCAAGCAGUGUUUGUAGGGCAAAGGGUGAUUAAGCUCAAACCUCAACAACUUGGUGAGUAUAAAGAAGAGACAAAUGCUGGGAUUCACAAGGACUUAGCUGUGGAUUUUGAUCUUAAUAUCAGAGCCAAGUAUGCAAGGUUCAAGAGUAGUCGUUUCAAUCCACCCAUUGUUCAGUGUCGUCGCUUAAAAGUUCCUUUCAUCUCUAAUGGCAAAUCAGAACCUCCUUUUACUGUCACCAGAUGCAGCAGUGCCUAUUUCUUUUCUGAUCGUGAUGCUGAUGCAUAGAAGAAACCGAAUUUAGAUUCUGUUUUUUUUUUUACUGUUUCUCUACUGUAUUUUUAUAAUACACCGAUUACCAC